AUGGGAGGUUGCAGCAAAGAUGAAUGCAAGAACUGGGCUGAGGUUUACGAUACAAAGACUCAAACUUGGGAAUCUUUACCUGACCCUGGCGUCCAGCUACGUUCUUCUACACUUAAAAAAAUGGAAGUGAGGGGGGAAAAGAUCUACGUUGAAAAGAUCAAUGGGUAUGAUGUUUAUGAUACCAAAGAAGGUAGAUGGGAAGUAGUAGUUCGGUCACCCAUGUUUGAGUCUAGUGUUGUGAUAGAGAAUGUAAGGUACUGUUACGUUAGUCCAGGUUUUAUUUGCUACGAAGAGAAGCACAAUGGCUGGAAAAGGGUCAAUGGUUUGUCGGUACUGGAGAGGCAUAGUCGAGUACGAAGUGGUAUUAUUGAAAUGGCUAAUUACGGUGGUAAAUUCUUAAUGAUUUGGGACAAGUUUGUGCAUGCUCGUCAUUUCUAUGAGAAAAAUAUUUGGUGUGCUUUGAUUGCGUUUGAGAGGCGGAAUGGUGAUAAAGAAGUUUGGGGUAAGGUUGAGUGGGCUAAUAGUGUGCUUACCGUUCCCAUUUCAUGUGUGUUUAUUGCGUCGUGUAAUACGAUCACUUUGAUCAAUUAUAUAUCAUCAUGGUUUUUCUUCAAAGUGUUUUACUAA